UUGAUGCAGAACUUUAUUAUGUGAGAAACGACCUUAUUAGUCACUACGCUCUAUCCUUUAACCUGUUAGUACCCAGUGAGACAAAUUUCCUGCACUUCACUUGGCAUGCGAAGUCCAAGGUUGAAUAUAAACUGGGAUUCCAAGUAGACAAUUUUGUAGCCAUGGACAUGCCCCAGGUCAACAUUUCUGUUCAGGGGGAGGUUCCACGCACUUUAUCAGUGUUUCGGGUCGAGCUUUCCUGUACUGGCAAAGUAGAUUCUGAAGUUAUGAUACUAAUGCAGCUCAACUUGACAGUAAAUUCUUCCAAAAAUUUUACAGUCUUAAAUUUUAAACGAAGGAAAAUGUGCUACAAAAAACUUGAAGAAGUAAAAACUUCAGCCUUGGACAAAAACACGAGCAGAACUAUUUAUGAUCCUGUCCACGCAGCGCCAACCACGUCAACGCGCGUGUUCUAUAUCAGUGUGGGGGUCUGUUGUGCAGUGAUUUUUCUCGUAGCAAUAAUACUCGCUGUUUUGCACCUUCAUAGUAUGAAAAGGAUUGAACUGGAUGACAGCAUCAGUGCCAGCAGUAGUUCCCAGGGGUUGUCUCAGCCAUCUACCCAGACGACUCAGUAUUUGAGAGCGGACACACCCAACAAUGCAACUCCUAUUACCAGCUCCUCAGGUUAUCCCACCUUGCGAAUAGAGAAGAACGACCUGAGAAGUGUCACUCUUCUGGAGGCCAAAGCCAAGGUGAAGGAUAUAGCAAUAUCCAGGGAGAGGAUAACUCUCAAAGAUGUACUCCAAGAAGGUACUUUUGGGCGUAUUUUCCAUGGGAUUUUAGUAGAUGAAAAAGAUCCAAAUAAAGAAAAACAAGCAUUUGUAAAAACAGUUAAAGAUCAAGCUUCUGAAAUUCAGGUGACUAUGAUGCUUACUGAAAGUUGUAAGCUACGAGGUCUGCAUCACAGAAAUCUUCUUCCUAUUACUCAUGUGUGUAUAGAAGAAGGAGAAAAGCCCAUGGUGAUAUUGCCUUACAUGAAUUGGGGGAAUCUUAAAUUGUUUUUACGGCAGUGCAAAUUAGUAGAGGCCAAUAAUCCACAGGCGAUUUCGCAACAAGACCUGGUACACAUGGCUAUUCAGAUUGCCUGUGGAAUGAGCUACCUGGCCAGAAGGGAAGUCAUCCACAAAGACCUGGCUGCUAGGAACUGUGUCAUUGAUGACACACUUCAAGUCAAGAUCACAGACAAUGCCCUCUCCAGAGACUUGUUCCCCAUGGACUAUCACUGUCUGGGAGACAACGAAAACAGGCCAGUUCGGUGGAUGGCUCUUGAAAGUCUGGUCAAUAAUGAGUUCUCUAGUGCCAGUGAUGUGUGGGCUUUUGGAGUGACGCUGUGGGAGCUCAUGACUCUGGGCCAGACGCCCUACGUGGACAUCGACCCCUUUGAGAUGGCCGCAUACCUGAAAGAUGGUUACCGAAUAGCCCAGCCAAUCAACUGUCCGGAUGAACUAUUUGCCGUGAUGGCCUGUUGCUGGGCCUUAGAUCCGGAGGAGAGGCCCAAGUUUCAGCAGCUGGUCCAGUGUCUCACAGAGUUCCAUGCAGCCCUAGGGGCCUAUGUGUGACCCUGUCCCAGUCCCACAGCAGCAGGAGGACUCACUUGACCAAUCCUGUCGUGGAUGCUUCGUGUAUAUUGCAGUGCCAGGAGAAGCACGCUUGUCUUCCAGAACGCUGUGCCUUAGGGAUGCGUCAGAGUCUGAACUUUCCAAGACAGACUUAAUAAUGUGGAAUAUUGUCUAGAUAUCACUUUUAUUAGGUUGGACUGAAAGAGUUUUUGUAAAUUUUUUGGCCAAAAAUUUUUUGAAAACAUAGUUACGUUGGAUUAGGGGUGCAUUCUUGCAAAAUAAACAGUUUUUAAAAUUGUUUAGGUACAGAUAUUUGGAAUAGCUGUCUUAGUGCCACUGCUUUUUAUUUUUUUACUUUAUCAAGGUAAUGUAGGUGACUCACCUUUAAAGUUUUUCUUAAUAUUAUUUUUUAUUCACUACUCUGGAAAUGGUUUGUCUUCAAGAUAAUACUUUUCUUGGGAAAGGAAAAACAGGUAAAAAGAUAUCUGGUUUUCCUUGUACAACAAAAGGCAAUAUUGGAGGAAGAAAAUUUAAAUAAAAACCUAGAGGGGAAAAAAAAGGAAUUUAAAAAAAUACUUAUUAGACACAAACCACCCUUAUGUGGACUUUUUUUUUCUUUAAAUUUAAGUGAGAAGGCGUUCUGCUUUCUUAUUUGGGGGAAAACAAGGGCUGAAUUCAUUACAAUUUAAAUUUGGCAGAAAUUAGCCUUUCUGUGAGCCAGAAGGGGUUGGGGACAAAUCUAUAGUAAGCAAUGUCGAUUUUAUUUAUUUUUACUCUCUGGAAAAGAAGAUAAUACAAUUCUAGAAAGUGAAAUCAUGUUUCUAAGGUUAAGAUUCCCUUUUAUUGCACCUAGAAUAGUGCUAUGCACACAGUGGGUGCUUGAGUUGCUAUGGUUUUUUAAAAAAAAUGUAAACUGGUGAAUUUUGUGCUUAUCUUCAAGGCUGGCUUAAGUAUAAAAUUGUUUUUUUAAAUACUUGAAAAAAUUAAAGGAUUUGUUUUAUACUAUGACAGUA